AUGUCUGCCGCGUCCUCCCCCAUGGCAGACUCCACGGUCCCGACGUUGACGAAGACGACGAGCAGCCCUGCGUCGCGCCGCGCCGCGUCCGUCGAGAGCGACGUCCUGACCCCGCCGCCAGAGGACCCGCCCCUGCUCGCGUCGAAGCGCAAGGCGCCCCCAUCAAGUAGCGCGAAGGAGGCGAAGAGGGCUAAGCCGGCCAAGCCCGCGCCCAAAGAGGAGCAGCAGGACAGCAACGACAAGGAGAAGAAGCCAUACUGCCACCAGUGCCGGUUGGCGGUGGAGCCGGAGAAUCUGCUGCGGUGCACCAAGCUGCGCAAACACUCCAAGCUGCAACCGCCACGCGCGUGCAACUAUGUCUGGUGCGAGCGCGAUCUCGUGAAGCGAUACGGAAUCGAUGUGGAUGGCGUGCGCUCAGCGCCGCGCGCUGCCGAGGGACACGACGACGGCUUGCCGUACACGUUUGAGUCGUUCUCUUUCAAGCUGACAACCAGGAACGUCGUGAAGAAGGCGGAGGACAUUGGGAUGCCCAUUGCGGAGUUUUUGCGCAAGAGCGACGCGGGAGAAAUCACCGAGACCCCGCCGAAGAAGCAGAGCAAGAAGAAGGCCGUCAAGGAGCAGGAGGGGUCGGACUCGGAGCUCAGCGACCCCGACGCGCCGAAGAAGCCCGCGAAGAAGAAGGCCGAGCCGAAGAAGUCGGCAGCCAAGAGUAAGGCGACCGCGAAGACGACGGCGAAGAGCAAGGCCAAGCCGGAUCCCAAGGCCAAGGCAAAGGGCAAGGACGCGAAGGGCAAGGCGGCCGCGGCCAAGGACGCAAAGAAGAAGACGACUAAGAAGAUCGAACCGAAGAAGGCUCCCGUCAAGAAGAAGGAGAAGCCGGAACCCCCGCGUCCCGUCGUUAAGAAUGUCGACACGCGACUCUCGUUCGAAGAGGCCGAGCAGCGGAUGUACCUGCGCGAGUUCGUCGUGCGCUUCCGCUCCCUCCUCGGCCUGGCCGAUCGCUCGCUCGCGCCUCUGGACGACUUUGACCACCCCCUCCCCGAAGCGACAGUGCGCUCUGUCGCAGCGGGAUUGCUUGACCUCAUCAUUGCGGACCAGGGCGCGCACUACGGCACCUCGGAGGAGGUCUUCGGCUCGCUGGACCAGUAUCACACGGAACUGAAGCACUACGCGGACCUUGCCCGCUUCGGGCGCAUCUUCAACGAUCUCGAAGACCUGCUCGGCGUGACCAUGGCCGAAGAGCCGAGCAACGCCAGCAGGGAGCGGAACGAGGCGGCCCUCCGGUCGAUCCUGGACCUGGGCGAGGGCGACGAGACGCCGACCUGGGCCACGGAGGCUCCUAGGAGGGGCCGGGCGGCCGCAUCCCGUAUCCCUGGUGCGGUCGAGGUUGUGCGCAUGCUGCUCGGCCUGUGCGAGUACGUCAUCCCGCUCGACGCGGUGCGCACCGAGAUGGACCCGGCCUGGGGCAGCCGCGAGAGCGAGUACCGCCGUGAAGCGACCCGUCUCGCCAAGGCUGAGAACCAGCGCUGGGAGACCGAGAAGAAGAAGAUCCUCGCCGCCCGCGUGCGCUGCACGUCUGCCGCGUCCACACGCGCCAACAAGGCGCUCUAUGACGAGAAGGAGGGCGAGCACCGCGCCGCGCUGGCGGGCAUCGAGCUCGUCCCCCGCACUGUGGCGCAGCGCAAGGCGACGCGCUUCGCCCCGAUCGGCCUCGACGCCCAGGGCAGGAAGUACUACUUCCUGACGCCCCGUCUCAUCGACGAGGAGCGCUACCGCCCCGGACCGAGCAGCUGGGCUCGCACGCUGUACAUCUUUGGCGAGGGAUUCCCGUGGGACGAGUCCCUGCCGACGGCCGUUGAGCGCUGGAUGCGCGUCGAGAGCAGCGAGGAUCUGCGCAAACUCUCGAUGUGGACCAGGUGGGAGCUCUUCAACAAGCUCGACGCCAUGGCCAAGGAAGGCUUCUGGCCCUCAGAGGGAACCGAGAGACUCGGCCUGACGGCGGAGGAGGAAAAGCGGGCGAUCGCGCUGAGGGAGGAGCGCGCGGCGGCCGCACGCGAGCAGGAGGCGGAGCGCGAGCGCAUCGAGCGUGAAGCUGAGGCGGAGCGAGAGCGCGCAGCCGCAGCGAAGCGUGCAGCCAAGGCUACGGCCAAGCCGCAGGCCAACGGCGAGCCUUCGCUCAAGGAGAAUGGUGUCGACGGUCUCAGCAAGGCCGAAUUCGAUGAGCUUUCCCGCUCCAGUCCCAGCCCAUCUGAUGACGCCGGGUCGGACGCUGGAUCAGACGCCUCAGCCCUCUCCUCGGCCCCGAGCCAGGUCGAGGACCUCCUCGCGCUCCUCGAGUACACGCCGAGCUACGACAAGAUGUCGGAGCGCUUCACGCUGCCCGCGAGCGUGAUGGAGGUCGCGCAGUUUGUGCAGCAGUUGGAGAUUAGGGGCUACUAA